AUGGUAGUAGUUGUACUGUUUUGCCUAGUUUCAAAGGUAUCCGAUUCAAUACAAAUAUGUUCCUAUGGCAAUGAUUUGGUAGUUGUGAUGGGAAUGCCGUUAUGGUUCAAUAGUUCGGAAAAGUCCGAACUGGAUCGCAUCCAUAAAUGGAUUGUCAAUUGUCGCGCUCCGAGGUGGAAAACAGCCGUCGUACUUGCUGAUGUUCGUCAAAAGAUCAAGAAUCCCGGCAUCAUGAAGAGCAGUCCAGCAGCGUUCAUCAGCUCCAUUGCGCUGCUGACGAUAGUUCUUCUCGCUGCCGUAUGGUGA